AUUUCAAAAAGCAACCAUGAGCGAAGUCGAGUCUUCGCUGUUUAGCGAAGUAAAAAAGAAUAAAUUCUCAAGCAUUGCGAAAUUUAGCGAGGAAGAUGUUGCCGCAGUUUGGGAGAUCGUUUCCCGUUUUGUUGAAAAGCAAAUGGCCAGCCAAAAGGGUGUGAACAUCCCGGGCCUUGGCAGUUUCACAUUUUCCCAGCGAAAUCUAGACACUGGCAAUGGACGUACAAGCGUCAUGCAAAGACCUGUGUUUCAACUGGCUGAAAAGUUUGCUCAGACUCAUGGUUUGAAUUACACCAAACAUUAUGUGACAGGUCAAAUACCAAUUAUUCCACUAAACUUCACUGCGAUUGCAUCCGAAUUACCUUACCCUCGAGAGAUUGUAGAAAGCUGCAUCAAAGAAGUAUUGCAAGCUGUGUCCAGGUCAUUGCAUGUCAGGCGAAAUGUUGAGUUCAUAUUCACCGGAAUUGGUUGUUUAUCAAUUAGAGAUGCAAGGGCAAAGAUGAAGUUCUACAAAGAAUUUAUAAGGAGCAUGGAUCAUACUGGAGAACUUGUCAAUGCAUUAAGAAAUAGACCUGAUACAACUGAUUCUGUUUUUACUGAGGUCUCAUUUAGACCAGACACAGGCAACACAGUCAUACUGCCAAGAAUAAAUAUCAACGCGGAGGACAAACGAGAAGAGGAGAACACCGGUAACACUCCGCCUGAGUCCAGAAACAGUCGAAAAUUUAUCGCUAAUAAUGGCGACGAUAAUCCAGUCCUGGCUCCAAUUGAAGAACUCAAAUAUGACGAAAGACUUGCAACUCCAGUAUCUGCUGUGCUUACGCCACCGAAGACUCCAACUCGUGCCAAGUUGCUAGCCUCGGAAUCCAAACAAUCGCCUGUUAUUCCUGAUAAUCCAAACGAGGUACCACAUCGUCCUCAGUCAUCCCCGCAUAGUAUCCGGCUACGUCAACUAUCGCGGCUUUCGCGCAGUCGCAAUGGAUCACCAGCACAAGGCCAAGGUCAAACCUCGCCGCCGAAGUCCAGCGGCGAAAAAAUCAAAAAAGUUGUCGUAAAAAGCCCUGAAUCCAAAUGUUGUCAUAGCAACAAGGCUGGUCAGGAGUUAUGUUACUUGUGUCAUCAGCGCAGUCGCAAGAAUAUUCCAAUAUAUUUGGCUGAAGAGAAUAAGAGAUGCGAACAGGAUGAUGAUAGAUGUUUACAACAAUAUCAACAUACUAAAGAUCUUAAUGCUGUGUUGAGAGAGCAGGCUAAUCAGUUGACAAAUAGAAAAAUAAAUCAGGAAACAGCUGCAUUUAAUUUAGGAGUCGCCGAGGCGAUUAAGGAGAAGAAGAACACGAGACCGCUUGAAUUCCAUAGAUCAUUUUUGUUUCGAAACCGAGCAUUAACACCUCCAUAUUCCUUUAAACAAGCGGAAUAUUCCAGUCAGCUUCAAAAGCAGGUUGAAGAAAAGAACCAGUUUGCUUUAAAAGAAAAAUCUGAUCAAGAAUUUCAGGAUAGAUUAGAACAAGUGAAGUUGGCAGAGGAGUUGGCCCAACAGAGAGAGCAAUAUCUUCGUGAUAAGAAAUUUGAUGAAGAUCAUUAUCGUGAUGCACUGAAUGCACAGCUUCAAUUCAAAUCCCUGCCUCUUCCCGUCGCUGAACCGGACUCUGCCGAACCAAUAUUCGGUAAAAAUGACGGAACACCGGAAAAAUUCCGAGAGAAACGCGAGCGAGCACGCAAGCUCUAUCACGAUCAGCUGGCGAUGGUCGCCGACAGAAAACGAGCGGCCAUAUUACACGAUAUCACGGCACAAAGCGAGGAAUCGGAGAUGUUGGAUAAGAUUAAAAAAGAGCUUCAACUCGACCGCGCUGAGCACUUUUACGAAUCCCUGAAGACGCGUCGUGAUCUCGAAAAGUCCUGGGCCGAGAACUUGCGUCGCAAGCAAGAACGAGAACACGAGGAGAUUCUGCGUCUUCGUUCCCCAGGUGUUCUGAUACAGGAACAGUGCGAUAAAUAUCACCGAUGCGAGCAAUGUGGUCGGCGACCGUGGAAUUGUGGGGAGUCUAAUAUAUGGCGCGAGAGUCGCUACAUCUCUGGAUCAAGGUUGAUAGUGUAAGAUAAGUGGUGAUAUACAUGGACACUGCAUAGGGAUAACAAAUGAUUGAGAUGGAUACAUAUUGCUGCGAUGAUACGAACAGACGCCUGCUUGGAAGGUUUGAAUUAACUAUAACUUUGAGGCUCUUUAACCACACUACUUCUUCAGUUUUUUGUGUGAAUGUGACUGUACGAAUCUAGUUUUCUGAAUUUAUGAUGUUUCUUACGUGGAAACUUUGUUAAUCACGAGCAUACUGUUUUGACAAAAAAAAAUUCGUCGCAGGAACCUGAAUGUUUUGGACUAUGUUGACUUUUUAUUGGCCGCACGGUCAGUUCUAACUGCGCAAUAAUGAAAAACCCGCUUAGUCGGGUAUUUUAGAAGUAAUUUUCAUCAGUUUCAAGUGUCGAACGUGGGUUGGAAUGUCCUGUUUAAUAUCACGCCCAUCCAAAUUUGUCUUCCGCGUUCCUAAUUUAUAACAAUUCGUUUCACUUUUUCAACUUUCCUUUUCCCAAGAAUUGCCGCGAAUAACAGAUGAGAAAAGAUUUGGUCUAUGUUGCGUAAUAUUUCCUCUUUUUUUUACAAAAUGUCUACAAAUAUACACUAAUAGCUUUUUACACAUUAUAAGCCAUAC